AUGGCGAGCAGACCCACUGCGACCGUGCAGUCGCUGGACGGCAAGAAGGCCGGGCAGGUGGCCCUGCCGGCCGUCUUCACGGCCCCCAUCCGCGCGGACAUCAUCGCGCAGGUCCACACGAACAUGGCCAAGAACCACCGCCAGCCGUACGCCGUGUCCAUGCGCGCGGGCCACCAGACGGCUGCCGAGUCGUGGGGCACCGGCCGUGCCGUGUCCCGUAUCCCCCGCGUCCCGGGCGGCGGCACUCACCGCGCAGGCCAGGCCGCGUUCGGCAACAUGUGCCGCGGCGGCCACAUGUUCGCGCCCACCAAGGUCUGGCGCCGCUGGCACCGCAAGGUCAACCUCAAGAUGAAGCGCUACGCCGUCUGCAGCGCCAUUGCCGCCUCGGCCGUCCCGGCGCUCGUGAUGGCGCGCGGCCACCGCAUCGACAAGAUCCCCGAGGUCCCCCUCGUCGUCGACGACGCCCUCGAGACCAUCUCGAAGACCAAGGCCGCCGUCGCCGCGCUCCGCGCCGUCGGCGCCGGCGCCGACCUGGACAAGUGCGCGGCCACCAAGCAGAUCCGUACGGGCAAGGGCAAGUGGCGGAACCGCCGCUACGUCACGCGCAAGGGCCCGCUCGUCAUCACCUCGGGCGCCGCGCCGGCCUCGAAGGCCCUGCGCAACAUCCCGGGCGUCGAGGUGGCCUGCGUGGAGUCGCUCAACCUCCUGCAGCUCGCGCCGGGCGGCCACAUGGGCCGGUUCUGCGUCUGGACCAAGUCCGCGGUCGAGAAGCUCGACGACGUCUUCGGCACGCAGACCGUCGCGUCGAAGCAGAAGAAGGGCUGGAAGGUGCCGGCCGCGCCCAUGGUCAACUCAGACCUCGGGCGACUGAUCAACGACGACGCGAUCCAGUCGGUCGUGAACCCGGCGAAGGACGGCCAGGCGCCCGCGGAGCAGAAGCUGAACCCGCUGCGGAACCGCGCGGCGAUGGUGCGGCUGAACCCUGCGUGGGAGAAGGCGGCGGCGGCGGAGCGGGCGGCGAAGAAGCAGAGGAAGGCGAAGAAGGGCGGCGACGCCAAGGUGAGCAAGGCGUUCUACAAGCAGAUGAUCGCGGACUCGGACUACCAGGGCGACAAGUUCGACGCGUUCGCGGGAUGGCUGGAGAAGCACCUGACGGAGGAGAAGGACAACGCCCCCGCCGAGUAG